UGCAAUACAUGAUCUCAAUCCUCUUUGCAGGGAGUUGAACUUGUACCAUCGUUGGCUCGACCCGUCGCGUGCUCAAAGCGCUAAAAAUCCUCUCUUUCCCCUUCUCUCUCCGAUCAUCCGCGGCGGCGGCGGCGACCAGCGGCCAUGCGGGUGGCACCCAAGGUCCUCGUCAUCGUCCGCGACGCCGCCGGCUACGGCGCCGCCCUCGCCGACGCUCUCCGGCCAACGCCGGGGCUCACGAGGGAGUCCGCGACCCUGGAGCUCCCCCUCGCCAAAUACGGCCUCGACGGGGAGAAGGCGUCCGGUGAGCUCGUGAACUUCUCCGAUUCCAGUGGCACUCCUCAGGUGUCCUUUUUCAUUCUGCCGGACUAUAAGCCUCCCGUUGCAGCAUGUGCUAUGAAUGAAAUUUUAGCAUUGAUUUCUUCAGAAACUCCAUCCACUCAGCCAGUUCUCAUUGUUCCGUCUAUCACAAGAUCAUCAAACUAUUACCAUGGAGCAAAAACAGGACAGUUAGCUACACUCCAUUGUACUGAAAUAGGGGCAACAACUGAGUUUACUGAGAUGUUAGUUGAUGGAACUACUAAACCUCCUCAAUCUUUACAAAUACGAAGUGAACCAAUACUAUGCUUGCUGGAAAUGGUUCGUGUGUUGAAUAUACCAACAGUUCUUGUUGGUGCGUCUGGUGAGCAGCACCAAGGCAAAAGCUCUACAGAUUCGGACCUUGAGGUGCUGCAGUGUGUCGGAGAUCACUUGGCUAGGCACAUCAACUUGGAGUUCAGCAAAGAAACUGUUCUUGAGAAAGGGAUCGAAAAAUCACCGGUCUUUCAGGAACCAUGGCGUGAACUGUACCGUUGACAAAAUUCUGGCACGCCGGCAGCACCCGUUGACUUUUUCACUGUAGCCCUUCCAUGUUGGAUUAGUGCAGUGUACCGGAACGUUAGAUCUGGUCUUUCAAAGGGUGUGGGGAUAUGAUGCUCAGUUUGCUUCUGUUUACUUC